UGUUCAGAAAUUACAGUUGUCGCUUCUGGGUGUGCCAAAGGGUAAAGGCAUUCGAGGAUAAAACUGAAUUUAUUGGACAACGUACAGCUCUGGCCAAGCCCACAUCUGCACUCACCCACAAGUCUUCCUUUUGCACGCUUUUGCUCUUUCGCUCAUGAUUGCUGGCCUCGCAUCAGCUCACCACCGAUCUCAACAUGACUAACCAGUACUGUCACAUCAUUGCCCCAGCCGUGCUCCUGUUACUGGGGUUGUCUGGAAUUUUAUUGGUUGUGAUUCCAAUUUACGACGUACGGGAAUCUCCGGAGAAUAUGUAUGGAGUUGUCCUGGAUGCAGGUUCCUCCCACACCACCAUGUUUAUCUACAAGUGGCCGGCUGAUAAGGUGAAUGGCACUGGCAUCGUCACCCAGCACAGCGAGUGUCAUGUGAAAGGUGGAGGAAUUUCAAGUUAUGCCGGACAGCGAGGGGGGGCCGCACGCAGUCUGGAGGCCUGUCUAGAACAGGCCUUGCAGGACAUCCCUAAGUCUAGGCACCGUCUCACCCCAAUGUAUCUCGGAGCCACAGCUGGUAUGAGGCUACUGAAUAUAUCUAACUACACCCAGUCAGAACAAAUACUGAAAGAAGUGGGAAACAAAUUGCGCACUUACCCUUUCAACUUCAGAGGGGCCGCCAUCUUGAGCGGUCAAGAGGAGGGGGCGUAUGGCUGGGUUACUGUCAACUACCUUCUAGAAAACUUCAUCAAGUAUGGCUUUGUGGGGCGCUGGCUUAGUUCCGGAAGGAAGACGGUGGGGGCUCUGGAUUUCGGGGGGGCCUCUACUCAGAUCACCUUUGAGACCCCUGAUAACAUGGAGGACGCGAGAAACGAGGUGAAGCUACGGCUUUACGGUGAAGACUAUCACAUCUACACCCAUAGCUUCCUGUGCUAUGGCAGGGACCAGGUUUUACGCAAACUCCUGGCUUACUUGGUCAAGACUCAAGGCUCUGGAGGUCUGAUUUCCAACCCGUGCCACCCUGCAGGACACAACAUCUCCAUCACACUGGGCAGCGUGUUUGACUCCCCAUGCACUGCAGAACACAGACCCACGCCUUACCACCCGCAGAGCUCCCUGACUGUGCAGGGGACUGGGAAUUACCAGCAAUGUCUGAACAACGUGUCUGAGAUGUUCUCCUUCAACAAGUGCUCCUUCUCCAAGUGCUCCUUCGAUGGGAUCUUUCAGCCCAACGUGACUGGCAGCUUUAUGGCGUUCUCUGCUUUCUACUACACGCACUCCUUCCUGGAGCGCUGCACCGGCAUCCAAAUCAAAUCGCCCUCACUUCUGGAGGGAGCCGCCCGCACUGUCUGCAACAUGAGCUUCCAGGAGUUGUCUGAGAAGGUCCCGGAAGAGAAGAAGCGUCUCCAAGACUACUGCACAGUAUCCGUCUUCAUCCAGGUGCUAACUCUUGAAGCCUAUCGCUUCGACGAGGUCUCCUUCCCACGCAUCUCUUUUCAGAAAAAGGCGGGAGACACCUCCAUUGGUUGGGCGCUGGGUUACAUGUUGAGCCUAAGCAGCCUGUUGCCGGGGGAGAGUAUUGGCCUGAGGAAGGCGCUGCUUCCAGGAGCUUGGCUUGGCCUGAUCUUCAUCUUUGUCUUCCUCCUCCUAAUUGUAUUUGUUUAUUUGGUUGUGAUGGUCUGUCAACGGAAGAAGGGCGGGGCCAGUGUUAUUUGAUAGCUUAUUUAGGUCAUUUCGGCAAAUGUUGCCUCCAGUGAGAUGUUUGCACUUAUGGCAUGCACUAGAGUUCCAGCCAUUCCAAAUGUGUAACUUGCCUUAUGCCUUAGUGUGUGUUUUUGUGUGUCUGAGGCAUAAGGCUCUAAGUGUAUUUAUGACCAAAGAAAUCUGAGUGAGAUGCAAAAUGACUUUUAUUUUGAAUUGGUGUCUUGCUUGUCAUUUGUUCUACCUAGUUUGGAAAAUACACUGUGAUGUAUUAUUUCCUUUUGUAAUAUAAAAUUCUGAAUAUGAGUGAAAAACAUAAAUAACAGAAGUGAAUACUGAAUAAUAACUGUCUAGUUAAUAAUUUUUUUUGCACUUUUCAAUAUUUUGCUUGUUUAAUGAAAUGUAUUCUUGCAUCUUGCCAUUACGACUUGAUUGAUGUUGUUACGCUUUUUCAAUUCAUCCAAUGUCAUAACUGUACAAUGCAUUUCUAGGGAUCAUGUGUUCAUUAUUUCAACGAAGGAUUGUUUGUUGUAUCAGAUCAAUGUACUUUUUAUUCUUCAAAUCAAAUAAAGAUCAAUAGGACGUAAAUUGA